AUGGGCCUCUACCUCCUUGACUACGGCGCGGGAAACGUCCAGAGUCUCGCCAACACCCUAAAGAAGCUCGGCUACGACUUCCGCUGGAUCGCCCAUCCCUCCGACUUCCACAAGGCCACCAGCCUCAUUUUCCCUGGCGUCGGCGCGUUCGGUAGCGCCAUCGAUGGCCUUCUGUCACGCGGUCUGUACGAGCCGCUGCGUGAUUACAUUGCGUCGGGGAAACCGUACUUCGGCAUCUGCAUAGGCAUGCAAGUCCUUUUCCGUUCCUCCGCAGAGUCCCCCCGCGCAGAGGGCCUGGGCAUCAUACCCGGUGGCAUCGGUCUUUUCUCCAACGCCGACAAGUCUGUCCCCCACAUGGGCUGGAACGCGGCCGAGUUCCUCGAUCCGGACGAGAAAGCACACGAAGGCCUCGAUCCGCGCUCCGUCUACUACUUCGUCCACUCCUUCCGCGCCGAGUACGACUGGGCGCACGCCGAGGUCGCGGAGUGGGGCCACACUACCACGCAGUACGGCUCAGAAGUCUUCAUCGCCACCGUCCGCAAGGGCAACGUCUUCGCCUGCCAGUUCCACCCCGAAAAGUCUGGCGCAGCCGGCCUCAAGGUCCUCGACGCCUGGCUCCGCCAGUCCGAAGCCGACCGCGCCGCGAGCCCGCCCACGCCUCGCGUCGCGCGGCCCCCUCGGGCAAAGGACGGGUUCACGAAGCGGAUCGUCGCCUGCAUGGACGUGCGCUCCAACGACGCCGGCGACCUCGUCGUCACCAAGGGCGACCAGUACGACGUCCGCGAGCGCGCCGCGCACGCCGCUGGCGCGGUGCGCAACCUCGGCAGGCCCGUCGCGCUCGCCGCGCGCUACUUUGCCGAGGGCGCGGACGAGCUCUGCCUCAUGAACAUCACCUCCUUCCGCCACUCGCCGCUCCGCGACCAGCCGAUGCUCGCCGUCGUCGCCGCCGCCGCCGAGGAGGUCUUCGUCCCGCUCACCAUCGGCGGCGGCAUCAAGGACACCGUCGACCCCGAUGGCACGCCUCGCCCCGCGCUCGAGGUUGCCGGCGCGUACUUCCGCGCCGGGGCGGACAAGGUCAGCAUCGCCACGGAGGCCGUCUUCGCCGUCGAGCGCAUGCGCGAGCGGCCGAGCCUUGACGGGAUCGGCGAAGGCGACGGCACGAGCGGGAUAGAAACCGUUGCGCACGCGUACGGCCGCCAGGCGGUUGUCGUCUCAGUUGACCCGCGCCGGGCGUACGUUGACCUCGACUAUGACGGGCCGUACAAGGACGAGGUGGUUAUCGGCAAGCCCGACGGACCGGAGAACGAGCGGGGGAAAGCUUGGUGGUAUCAAUGCACGGUGCAUGGCGGUCGAGAGGCACGGCCGUUGUCGGUGCUGCAGCUGGUGAAGGGUGUAGAGAGGCUUGGGGCCGGAGAGAUCCUCCUCAACAGUAUCGACAAGGACGGGACGGGUGCGGGAUACGACAUUGCUCUCAUUGACCUUGUUCGGCGUAGCGUCCGCAUUCCAGUUGUGGCAAGCAGCGGGGCAGGAAAGGCGGAUCAUUUCGUUGAGGUCUUCCAAAAGACCAACGUAGAAGCUGCGCUGGCCGCAGGCAUUUUCCACCGCCGUGAAGUAGGCAUAGACGAAGUGAAAUCAUCUCUGGCAUCUGCCGAUAUCAAUGUACGAUUGGUUUAG